UUAGUUGUACUGUUGGUGUUCAGUGUGCGCGGUCUCUGUCUCGAAAGACCCGAGAAGAGACUCCGGAGGAGGCAAAGCGCGCGUCCACCGGCGUCUCAGUGUCGCCGCGACGAGCGACGUCGUCUACAGCUCUCUGCUGACGGUCUUGCUUCUGCAACUGCUAACUCGUUAUCUCUCUUCAAUAAAACACCACCAGCUUCGUGUAGUUGUCGUUACUCUACUUUACCAGUACCAGUGGCUCAAGUAUUACUGAGUGUCGUUGAGAUAUAGCCGCCAGUAGACGCAGUUUUAUAAACCCUCUUACUCUCAUUCUCGAUCUCUCCCUCCCUCUCCCUCUCUCUAUCUUACUCUUAUUCUUACGUCGGACUGUCCUCAUGAAUCUUCACUGUCGUGUUUUAGUCAUCUCGCCGACGGACCAUACCGACAUACCCCCUGGUGGUUCGUGUUUUACCCCGCAGUUCUUCGUCAUAUUUUCUUACACAUUUCUUAUUGCUCUUCUUACAUGAAUUGUUAUUAUUGUUACUGCGUCUUUUACCUUUUUUACGUCUCUUCCGUUUUAUUUUUACGGAAAUAAAAUAUAAAUAAAACUUUACAAAAUUUCAUUUUUAUCAGACGGUGUUUAUUUUAUUUUUAAAUAUAUAUAUAUAAAAAAAAAAAAAACAGUGCUAAGAGUGACAGUUACCUUGUUUUUGUUGCUCCAAACGAGAAUAAACCGUCGGAAUAACGAGUAAUAAAAUAAAUAAUAACAGUGGUCGGUAAAUAGACGAACAAGUGCAGCUUAAAUUUAUGAAAAUAUAUUAAGUGGGUGUCAGUGUUAAUAAAAUUAUACUGUAUAGCAGUGAUUCGUAAUUGUAAGGGAGCGAUUGUGUUAACUGAUAAAGUAUUAAUAAGUAAUAAAAUAAUAAAAAGGCGGGAACGCCGAGCAGAUGAGGCCACGAUCAACCUGCGUCCAGGAGGUGGAGGAGUACCGGUGUGACCUGCGUUACGGUUAUUUCGGGAACCCGUGUUUCUGACAACCAGACGAACAGAGAAACAGACGCUCGGUUGUGUGCCACAGCGGCCCAAGUCCUUGCGAAUACUCGAUGGAUGAGUUCCAUCCGUUCAUUGAGGCCCUCUUACCAUUCGUGAAAUCAUUCUCGUACACGUGGUUCAAUCUACAAGCAGCCAAAAGACGUUACUACAAGAAACACGAGAAACGAAUGAGUCUUGAAGAGGAGCGCCAGUGCAAAGAAGAACUUCAAAAUGAAAAAUUGGAGGUGAAGCAGAAAUGGGCCUCAAGACUUUUGGGAAAAUUGAGGAAAGAUAUUACACAAGAAUAUCGAGAGGAUUUUGUACUGAGUAUUACGGGAAAAAGGCCAGCUAUGUGUGUGCUCAGCAAUCCUGACCAGAAAGGAAAAAUGAGGCGGAUUGACUGUCUCCGACAAGCUGACAAAGUCUGGCGGUUGGAUCUAGUGAUGGUGAUUCUAUUCAAAGCGAUCCCACUGGAAUCUACCGACGGCGAGCGGUUGGAAAAGACGGCCGAGUGUGCCCAGCCGGGUUUGUGCGUGAACCCAUACCACAUCAACGUCUCCGUCCGGGAACUGGACCUCUACCUCGCAAACUUUAUUACCAGUCACGAAGUACUAAACGGAAUUUGCAAUGCGAACAAAGAAGAGGAGAGAAGGCGAAAAGGUGGAGGUUACCAUGAACUGUAUAACGGUGUCGUCUGCAACGACACAAUCCUCGCGACCGGUGUCUUCAGCUCCAAGGAGCUUUGGAUGCUUUCAAAAGCGUCCAUAUUGCAUGACCUCAGCGACAUGCAGCCUCAAAUAAACGCGAUCAAAAUAGAGCACCCGCCGUACUACUGCAGCAGCUAUACCCCUCCAUCCGCGGCAUCCGCCGCGGAUCACGCUCAGCCCGCGGCUAGCUUCAGUCCACCACCGGUACACCAGCUCAUAAGGAACGACAAGACUGACAAAGCGCCCACGGUAUCGGUAUCAAGUGCGCCAAGUUUUUCACCGGUACUCAGGCCCGAAGACGGCCACCGCGGAAUCGACUCACCUCAUUCUCAAACAGGGCUACAUUCACCUCAUGAAGGACUCGCCGGAGGUUCAGGGCAGGCCGGAGGUAUGUCCGGUCUUGCCUAUUAUCAACCUGAGCAUCCCGUCUCAAGCGGAGUCGUCAAGUAUCCUGAAAAUGGUCACGACACACUCUCGGACUUUGUCACGUUCGUUUGCCAAGAGGCUGAGAACACUCAGCAACUACCCCAGACCCAAUUAACUGGUCAACGCGCUGGUAUGCAAAAGUUCUCACAGUAUUAUCCGAGUUCGAUGUUGCCGCCACCGCCUCCGGCUCCGAUGGCAAGGCCAGUCGCGAUAAUACGUUCGACGGGUGAGCUGACGGCCACCGGAGGUUCGGGUUCACCGCCAACUUCGUCUUCAUCGCCCGCGGACCCCUCGGAUCUUAACGGAGCUGCCGCGGCCGCAGCCGCACAGAAUCAACAGGACCAGCAGAUGGCAGCCGCCGCGGCCGGACUCGUGGGUUCGAACUGUCAGAGUUCUGUUGACAGUGGACGGAAAAGUCCGACGAGGAUUCUCGUGACCGCUCCUCAUACUAGUCGAGAGUAUACUUUUGCUCACUUUCAUUCGCAGCCCGGACAGCAAAUAUUUACGUACCCUACUAUCAGUUCGAUGUCCGGAGUGAUUUCACCGACGAAUCUCUCCCUCUUUUCAUCACCGGUGUCUGUCACGAGGCCAGUCGCUACCCAGAGAUCGGUUGCGAAUGUACCACCGCGUUGGAACACCGCGCCGUUUAUCAACCUCGAGGACGAUUACAAUAUGAUCGCCCCGAUUAUUGCUGGCACGCCCGGUGAACCACCUUCUAGUAUGGACGAGGAACGAUACUUUCACCCCGUGCACACGAGCAACGUCGUGGACAAAAGCGGGUCCGGGGGUUUGAUGAGUAAUGAACUCGGCGUGAAUCAGGAUCCGUCGACUCAUCAUCAUCAUCAACAACAACAAGCUCAGCAACAUCACCAACAACAACAACAGCAGCAGCAACAACAGCAACAGCAGCAGCAGCAACAACAGCAACAACAGCAGCAACAACAGCAGCAGCAACAACAACAAAUGCAAGAUAAAGAAAGAGCUAAAUCACCUCCGUGACCUUUAGAAAAUCGUUGCGCGUACGAAGAACCAACAACAUUAAGUUCAUCACUCGUAACUUUUUUCAUGCGAGUCUCUUAAGAAAUUCAAUUUAAAAAAAAAAAAAAAAAAGCCAACCGGCACUCCAAUGCUCAACUUUCUUCCCUAUUUAUUUUCGUCUCCUAAUUGUUUUUUCAUAAAUUAAUUUAUUAAUUAAUUAAUUGAAAUUCUUAAUUGAUUAGUAAAUUAAAAAGUAAAAAUAAAUCGUCUAGAUUAAUAAUAAUUUUUUAAAAAAUCCUUUGAUAAGGUAACCCUCUGCCACUAGUCGUAGGUCUUCCAAAUAAAAAAAAGUUAUCCGCGCCAUGUGCUUCCCGGGCGUGUUGGACGUAAUAUCCGAGCAUACACGCACUUACAAAAAUAUAAACGUAAAUUAAAAAAUUAAAAAAGUAAAAAAAAAAAAUUUAUUAAUGACGAAAGAGUAGUUGAGAUGAAUUAUUGCCUUUAAAUAAUUAAGCGUUUGUUAUACAUUAGAUGGCCUCAAAAAAUAAUAUUAAUAUUAAUAAUAAUAAUAAUAAUAAAAUAAAAAUGGGGGACGGAAAGCUGAUAUAUAGUUCUUACUAGUAAAUAAAUUAAAAUAAAAAAUAAACUGAUUGUGUAGUUUGUAAUAAAAAAAGUCAAAAAAAUAAUAAUAAAAAAAAAACAAAAAAAAUGAUAAAUAAAAGCAAUUACUGGUGUUAUUUAAUGCGGUAGCGAUGAGAGACUAACAUUAAUAUUUUUUUUUUAUUUUUUUUUUCUGUGGGUAUUUAAAUAUACUUGGACAACGAUAGUGUGAACAAAUAAUAAAAUUAGAGUCGCGUGAUAUUUGAUAUCAUGUUGAUUAUUUAAAAUAAUGAAUGAAUAUAUAAAUAAAUGAUUAAUAUUUAUAUAAAUAUAUUAAUUAAUUAAUUAUUGUAAUUGUUUAUUACGGUUUAUUGCCUAUUGCUCAGACUAGUGCUUAACACUAGUAAUUGACUAGUGCGUACUAGUCACUCGAGGCUGCUAGUUAGAAAAAAAAAUAUUAAAAUUUAAAAAAAAUACACAUUAAUUAUAUUAUUAAU